ACACUGAACAGUGACAGUGGAAUGUAAAUGUGCGGUGUCCCAAAAAAGCUCGCAUCUCUCCAAAAUAUCUUGGGAAAACAACAGUUUUUGUUUAUAAUUUAUUUAUUUUUAUGGCAUGUUAAAGCGGGUAAAUAACACAUAAUCAGCAUUCAAAGUGUGACACUUUCAUUCUACGUAUAGCUUAUUGGAUUUUUUUUUUUGUUUCUAUUUUUUUAAUUUUAUUUUUUUUUAAUUGUUUAAAGAAUGAAAAAUCAAAAUCAAAAUAAAUUGUUGAGUAAGAAAUUCCGUAAAAAGAUAAUUGAUGAACUCAACAAGUUUUCAUCGUUCAUAAUUUUCCUGGUCUUAUACUUUAGCUUUGUUGAUGAUAAAGGUGAUCCCACAGUAACAACUUUAUUAAAAUGUGCUCCAAUAAUAUCACUCGGAGUCUAUGUUAUUUCCAAAGGAUUCAAAUGUACAAUAGAAUACAACUACUCUCAAAUGGUAUUGAGUGGAUUGUUUUUCUCUUGCAUUGGAGAUGCACUUCUUAAUUGUGAUUUAUUUCCUCAUGGAAUGGCAGUUUUUGGCAUUGCUCAAGUAUUUUACAUAUCAGCCUUUGAAAUGACACCUUUGAAAAUCAGUAUUGGAAUACCAUUGUAUUGUAUUGCUGCUGGAAGUGAGUUUUUUUUCGUAAAAUUUGAGAAGACCCCUAAUGUUUAUUUUAACUUUUUCACAGUGACUAUCUUCAUCUAUAGUUCCCUCAGUUUUAUCAUUCAAAUUGGACUUCCAGUCUAUGCUCUUCUACUGACGACAAUGUGCUGGCGUGCAAUUGUACGAGCAACAGAAAAACAAAAUAUGCUAUCUUAUGUCGCCGCUGUUGGAAGUGUCUUGUUUGUCAUUUCAGAUACUUUGAUUUCGGUGACCAUGUUUGUCCAGCCUAUUCCACAUGCGAGGAUGCUGGUUAUGUUCACUUAUUAUGCUGCCCAAUUCUGCAUUUCUCUAAGUACACUUUGCGAUGUUAUUAAACAGAAAAAAGGAAAAGGAUCAAAGAAACUGUCUCGAAAAUUUAGAGAUCAAGACUUAAAAUAAAGAUUCUUUUUAAGGAUCUUUCUAUAUAGAUACCUACACUUAUAAAAUAUAGCCAACCAAAAAAAAUCGGAGGAGAAUUAUUAUAAUAUUCCGCAUUUGGCCAAAAAACCAUACCUAUAGCAUUUAUUUCUCAAAAAAAAGUAGAAAAUACAUAAGUAAACGUGUUCUCAAUGUUCUUCCAUUACAUACACAAAAACAAAAAAGUUAAUAAACAAAUAAAAAAUAAAUACCACCAAACAUAAUUAUAUUAUAAAUAAAUAGCGGUACAUAGUCAUAUUAGUAUAUUUUAAUUUUAUUAGUAGAUUCUAAAAAACACAAACAUUAUUGUACAUUUACAAAUUCAAAUUUUUUUUUAAAUAAUUUUGAAUUGAAUUGUUUUAAAUUUAGAUUUUAGAUUAAAAAAGUUGUAAAAAUAAAAAUAUAAAAUGAAUAUAGAUA